UCAUCCGGUACUUGUAGUAGUACAUAUGUUGACAGAGCUCUUCUAGUGAAACGUUGCAUUUCUGCGAUUUACACAACAACCUGGACUGUUUUUGAAAGAUUACCCCCUUCGCAUUUUACAUUCAACAUGGGGAAAAUUGAAGGCGGAAUGAAGUGCGUGAAAUAUCUCCUCUUCAUAUUCAACUUUAUAUUCUGGCUUAUGGGGUCACUGGUUCUGGCUGUGGGUCUCUGGCUGAGACUAGAUCGAAAUAUUGUUACACUGCUGGGGGAAGACGGUCCUGAAACCUUCUUUAUCGGUGUCUAUAUCCUCAUUGUGGUCGGUGGUCUGGUGAUGCUGGUGGGCUUCUUCGGCUGCUGUGGUGCCAUUAGAGAGUCCCAGUGUCUUCUCGGAUUGUUUUUCGCCUCUCUUCUGAUCAUCUUUGGAUCAGAAGUUGCAGCAGGAGUGUUUGGUUUCCUCAACAAAGACAAGAUCACUGAAGAAAUAAAAACGUUUUAUGAGGAAGCAAUCAACAACAGCAACAAUACAACAGUCCAGUCCUACCACACCAUUCUGAACUGCUGUGGCUUACCUUCAACAAACCACACUUUGUGCCAAAACGUUCCAUCAAACCAGACAUGUGAUGUGGCCAUUGAGGAGUUUUUCAACAGUAAGCUCUUCAUUGUGGGAUACGUGGGAAUUGGAAUAGCAGGAGUCAUGAUUAUUGGCAUGAUCUCCAGUAUGGUUCUGUGCUGUGCAAUCCGAAACAGCAGGGACAUCAUAUAACACACUCCUCAUCCUCUCCUUUGACACUUAACCUCUGCUAGACUUUCAUAUACAACAAUAACAUUCCGACCAAGUACAAGGUGCAAAGUCAGAAACCUUACUCCACUUUCAGAAUUCUCCAUAACUCAUAGUAGUUAGUCCAGCCCACAUUUCCUUUCCUUAAUCGCAUUGCUGGAUUGUCUUUAUUUAUUUGCCUGCUUGUUAGGUGCACAGCUGAAUCUUUCAACUGCAACAGAAAUAAGGCACCUUUGUGUUAUUCCUGAAAUCAUUCAUAUCAUUUAGGUUUGAUUUAAAUUUCGUACACACUGAUUAUCUCUCUCUACAAACCAAGAGCUUUGCAGUGCUAUUCUUAGCUGUUGCUGUGUGGCUUCACUUGCUAGAUAAAAAUAUUAUGUAAUGUGAAGCCAGGGUUUCUGGGUAUGCCACCCAUGGCCAGUGAGAUCGGUGAUAAAAUGACAGCUCUUGACUUUUAGAUGCCUCUCAAUGUGCUUUUGUACCAAAUUAGUUUACAUUAAAUAGUUUACUAAGUCACUUUCAGCAUUCAAAUAAAUUAGUUUACGAAGGAUGGAAAAAACAUGCUCGCUAAACUCUAAACUCAAACAUUAGAGGUCUUUAGAAGCAACUUUGUAUCAUUCUUAUCUGAAGACCACAUGUCCAGUAAGAUCUAAAAGUAAGGGUGAAACACUAAGUAUUGUUUCACCUCGGAAUUUAUUCAGAAUUCAAAAAUUGAAGGACACGGAUCACUUUUCCACACAUUCCCAGCUUGGCUUUGAUUUGAAUUGGAAUGCUUAAACCUCACCAGCAAGAUGAUCAGGUUUCUGUUACACAACAGUUGAGCUCAUCUGUAGCCGCCACUGAUAAUGGUGCACCAAGAUAUCCUACAGCUCGAUGGAGCUGAAUCUUCUCAUUCACAUGGUGGAUCUUUGGGUGUAGAGUUGAAAGGUCAUUUCAGUGCAUUUUGCCUUCUACCGUCUCUCUGUGGUUGCAUCCGACUAUCGUCUUCUUUCGGCUGCUUUGCCACAGCGGACCAUCCGUGAUCCACAUAUUUGUCUUGGCACAGGUUUUACACUGGAUGCAAUUCCUUUGAUGGUCAUAUCCCAUCACAACCACCAAAAUAAAAUCUGCGCCUCCCUUUAAAUCUACACCUGCAUUAAACUGAAUAUUAUAGUGUUUUUAGCUAAAUGUAAAAAGUAAAACAAUUACUGUAUAAGGCUUCAUGAAACAACUAAAAUGGAAAUGGUCACAUAAAAAAAUAUCAAAGCGUUUUAACCAAGAAAUAUUGUACUUGAAAUAUGUGUAUACAUUCCCGAAAUUUUAAAUACACACUGAAAAAAAAAUGAUUUUGUGGUGAAGUUAAUAUAACACAAAAGAUACAUACAUAUAUAUAUAUAUAUAGAACUGGAGUUAAAAUUAACACAUGGUUUUCACUUUAUGAAAUGUGUGUGUCAGCUGCAAGUUGAUGCUAUGCAGGAAGCUCUCGGGCACAACCUCACAGGAUAAUGUUUCAGCUACACUGCACAGUAUGCACUUUUCACAGACACAGAUAUCUUCUUAGUUAAUACUCCCCAAACACUUGAAGUGUCUGUAUAUUCGUGGGAUUUUUUUUUACUCACUGUGUCACUACGUAAUUGAAAUCAUUCAAGCAUACACUGCCUGG